AUGAGAAGAUUAUCUAGGGAAUCCACUGAGCAAUCUGGUGUCGGAAGCCUUGUUAUCUACCGCCAUGGAUUCCAAACUGGGGCUGGCAGUGGCGCUACUCUCGGUCCAUUGCUUCUUACUACUACUCCAACUGCAGCAGCAACUCAGACCGUGACUCGGGUGCCUGCGCUAAAUGAUUUCGUUUUCCUUAAGGUGUUAGGCAAAGGCAGCUUCGGCAAAGUUAUGCUGGCUGAACACCGUGAAUGUGGUGAGGUAUAUGCAGUCAAGGUACUAAAGAAGGAGGUUAUUCUGCAGGACGAGGACGUCGAGUGUACUUUAGCAGAGCGCCGCAUUCUGGUCCUGGCCGCGCAGCAUCCCUUUCUCACAGCACUAUACUGCUCCUUUCAGACUGAAGAUCGACUGUUCUUCGUGAUGGAGUACGUCAACGGUGGUGAUUUGAUGUUCCAGAUACAGCGUGCUCGCCGAUUUGAUGAGGCUCGAGCCCAG